ACUAUAUUGGUGGCCUCUCCCUCUCUUUCUCUAUCUUUCCCUCUCUCACAUACAAACACACACACACACACACACUGACUUGGCUUUUCAUAAUCGACUCUUACGGCGAAUUGCUCCGGCGAUGAUGCCAGAGCCAGAGAUCGGUUAGGUUCAAGACAAGGAAUUUGGAUCCACGGAGAGCUCAUUCCAUUCCAUACCGACAAUUUGAUUCAGAGAAUUUAAGUUUGAGGAAAAGAUUGAAAUUUAGGAACAUUUGAGUGCAAAAAGUAAGAGAGAUCUUGGUGGUUGGUGGUUGGUGGUGGUUGUGAGUUAAAGUAUGAACUUUGAGAGGGGUUUUCCAUUCCCAAAGCAUGGAAAUGGUGAUACCUGGAAUUCUGUGGCUCGUGGAAUGCCUAUUCCACGUGAGAGUGGAACCGUGUGUAAUCAGGAUUCCUUGACUGCAACAGCUGGAGGAAAUGCGGAUACCACAGAGGGGGCGAAUGGAAUUGUCCAAAGAGCAAACGAUUGGAAACCAGCAACUCAUGGUCAUGGAACCUCAUUUCCUCACAGGAAUAAUUCCUCCUGGACACCUGUGACUCCAGACAAGCUUAGGUCGGUUGGCAUGCAAGAAAAGGAAUCGGGUACCGAUAAUUGGCAGGAUUUGAUCGGGAUGUACACCGGUUUGUUGAAAGAAGAGACAGUUGAUAAUACAAAGAAGAGGACCUUCUCCACAAGCUCAGACGCAACAUCAGUCCCAUACUUUUUAUCUAAUGACCCCGCAAAUUGGAAAUGCAAUCAUUUAGCAUCUAUUGUUUGUUCCAAGAGUUCACAUGAACCACAAAACUAUGGAAUCCAUCUUUCAAAUAGAUCACGUGGUCUUCAAGUUGAAACCAACACUAGUAAAAGAUCUCCUUCAACUUCUAUGCUUGGAACUCGACAAACUCACAAGUUGCCUGAUGAACACACCUCAAAAGGUGGAGCAACCUCCUCUACCAUAACUGAUUCUGUACCACUUGCUCCUAUCACGCCAGCUAAGCAUAACGACAGCCAACGUGUAGCAGAAAAUGUCAACUCUCCAACCAAUGGGGACUCCCCACCUUCUGCAGUUUCAACAACACAUAAAGAACAAGUUGUUCCCGAGGAUAAAGAAGAACAGGGCGUUGACUUAAGCAAAACACCCCAGCAAAAGACGCCCACAAGAAGAAAAAAACACCGCCCACGGGUGAUUAAACCAAAAAAGCCCAACAAAGAUCAAAAAGACGGCACUACCCCUGGUGAGACACGAGUAAAAAGAAAGUAUGUGAGGAGAAAGGGUGUCGAAAAUUCAGAAACACAACAAAAAACCCCAGGGACAAGUGUCGGGAAAAGGAAAUAUGUACGGAAGAAGAACAUUGACAAAACCAAAGGUCAACAGCAAAACACAGGAGACGAUACCCCAGUCAAAUCAUGCAGAAAACAGCUCAACUUUGACUUGGGUAUAAACCUAAAUGUCAAUCCUCAAGAUAUAGAACAAGGUAGAAAGAUAAAUGGCACUAAAUACACGUCAUUGCCUGUGUUAAAUGUUCCAAUACCAAAAACAACGCACCAUGCUAUAAACGUGCUUGCAAGAAACAUGAACAUGAGUCCACGGGAAAACGGGUAUCACAUGGUCCCUGCAAACCUUCAAAAGAUGCAACAUAGUAUAAGUUUAGAUGAAAGAAGAGGCAUCAAGAGACAGAAUUCUGCCAUGGAUUCUCUGUUUUUGUACCAGAAACUACUGCUAGGUGUUGCACAUCGUGCUCAUGAUCACAACAUUUUCUUGGAAAACAACAAGAAAAUAAAGAUACAAAGUGAGUUUCAAGAACCUUCAAGACAAAUGAAUGGCAUCUAUGGAAACGGCUCAAUGAUGCAGCUACUUCAUCCUUAUGGUCAAAAAGUCAACCCCACAACCACAAAUGUCAUCAACUGUCAGUAUCGACCAGAAUCAUUACAAUUCCAUACCCAGGGCCAUGUGAUAGGAUGGAAUCAGCCGCCACCUAUUCCACCGAAAGAGGGCAUUAGAUAUGGGGUUAUAACUUACCCUGCUACUUUAUUAGAAAAGAAGCAGGGUGCAUUAAGUGGAUGGAGGGUGGAGAAAGAUGAAGUUUCGGUUGAAUAUGUUACAUAUAAGCUACAGCGUAUGCAUAUCUAUGAUGACAAAAAGAAAAGAGAAAAUGAACUUGUUUUAUACAGAGGUAGUAAUGCCAUUGUUCCAUUUGAGCCUAUAAAGAAAAGAAAUCAACGUCCUAAAGUUGACCUGGAUCCAGAAACAGACAGGCUUUGGAGGUUACUAAUGGAGAAGGAAGGGAGUGAGGGUGGUGGUGGUGGUGGUGGUGAGAAUCUAGAAAAAGAUAAAGAAAAAUGGUGGGAAAAUGAAAGAAGAGUGUUUCGUGGACGUGCUGACUCAUUCAUUGCACGUAUGCAUCUUGUUCAAGGAGAUAGACGAUUUUCAAGAUGGAAAGGAUCUGUUGUUGACUCAGUGAUUGGUGUAUUUCUGACACAGAAUGUUUCGGAUCAUCUUUCAAGUUCUGCCUUCAUGGCUCUUGCAGCAAAAUUCCCCCUUAAAACUAGCUUCCAAGAUGGAGGAUGUGAAAAACCCAUAGAAGUAGCAGAGGAAGAAGACAUCAUAAAAUGUCACGAAAAUAUAAAGGAACCAGCAACCGAAGAUUCCUUCAAGUCAUCCACAGUUCAAAUUGUUGAUGAAAUUAGGUCAAGCUCAGGGUCAAACUCAGAAGCAGAAGAUCUAACAGCUCCAAAUGGUGAAAAUGGUGCCCAAAAACAAGAAGCAGAAGAUCUGACAACUGCAUGUGAUGAAAAUGGUGCCAAAAAACAAGAAUCUGCCAUUCUUGAAGGAAUACCGAUGAAAGUUGAAGAAAGUUCAAAGGAGCAGAAUGUUUCUCAAGAACCAUCAAGUAGGGCAGGGGCAAAUAUGUCAGGCUCAGGGUCAAACUCAGAAGCAGAAGAUCUAACAACUGCACAUGGUGAAAAUGGUACCCAAAAACAAGAAGCGGAAGAUCUAACAACUUCAAAUGAAGAAAACGGUGCCAAAAAACAAGAAUCUGCCAUUCUUGAAGGAAUGCCAAUCAAAGUUGAAGCAAACUCAAAGGAGCAGAAUGUUUCUCAAGAACCACCAAACGAGGCAGGGGCAAAUACGUCAAGCUCAGGGUCAAAUUCAGAAGCAGAAGAUCUAAAAACUGCACAUGAUGAAAAUGGUACCCAAAAACAAGAAUCUGCCAUUAUUGAAGAAAUACCGAUCAAAGUUAAAGCAAACUCAAAAGAGCAGAAUGUCUCUCAAGAAUCAACAAGUGGGGCAGGGGCAAAUACGUCCAAGGAAAAAAAACGGAUAGCUGAUGAUGAAAGGAACAUAGCAAUGAACUGGGACAGCUUGAGAAAGCAGGCGAUGUCCAAUGGUGAAAAGAAAGAUCAAAGUACAGAUGCAAGUGAUUCCCUUGAUUAUGAAGCAUUCAGACAUGCACCUGUGAAUGAAAUUUCUGAUGCUAUUAAAGAACGUGGAAUGAACAACCUGUUAGCUGAAAGGAUGCAGAACUUUCUCAAUCGCCUGGUGAGAGAUCAUGGAAAGAUUGAUCUAGAAUGGUUGAGAGAUGCACCACCUGAAAAAGCAAAGGAGUACUUACUGAGUUUUCGAGGAUUGGGGCUGAAAAGUGUGGAGUGUGUUCGCCUAUUGACACUUCAUCAUCUUGCCUUCCCUGUGGACACAAAUGUUGGGAGGAUAGCAGUGAGACUGGGGUGGGUUCCUCUGCAACCACUACCAGAGUCCCUACAACUGCAUCUUCUUGAGAUGUAUCCAGUGUUGGAUUCCAUUCAGAAAUAUCUUUGGCCUAGACUGUGCAAGCUGGAUCAAUUAACAUUAUAUGAGCUACACUACCAGAUGAUUACAUUUGGAAAGGUUUUUUGCACAAAAAGUAAACCAAACUGCAAUGCAUGUCCAAUGAGAGCUGAAUGUAGACACUUUGCCAGUGCUUUUGCAAGUGCAAGGCUUGCACUACCAGGUCCAGAGGGAAAAAAGAUAGUGGCUUCAAAUGCUCCUAUUCCAACAGAUCCAGUACCACAUGUGGUUAUUACGCCUAUGCCACUGCCUGAAGCUGAGAAUAAAAGUGAAGGUGAUUUUGAGAAGAAAUGUGAACCAAUUAUUGAAGAACCAACAACACCUGAGCCAGAAGCCACGGAACUAACACUAAGUGACAUUGAGGAACAAUACUAUGAAGAUUCGGAUGAAAUCCCAACUAUCAAACUCAACAUGGAAGAAUUCACAACCAAUUUACAAAGCAUAAUGCAAGACAAGAAACUACUUCAAGAUGAUAUGUCAAAAGCAUUAGUUGCAUUGAGCCCUAAUGCUGCUUACAUCCCUACACCUAAACUGAAAGAUGUUAGUCGCCUAAGAACAGAGCAUCAAGUGUAUGAACUUCCAGAUUCACAUCGCCUUUUGGAAGGGUUGGAAAAAAGGGAACCUGAUGACCCGAGCCCCUACCUCCUAGCAAUAUGGACACCUGGUGAAACUGCAAACUCAAUACAGCCACCAGAAAGAGAAUGUUCUGCCCAAGAAUCAGGGAGGUUGUGUGAGAAGACAACUUGUUUUUCAUGCAAUAGCAUAAAGGAAGCUAAUUCACAAGUGGUUAGAGGAACUAUUCUAAUACCAUGUAGAACAGCAAUGAGAGGGAGCUUUCCACUCAAUGGAACAUAUUUCCAAGUUAAUGAGAUGUUUGCAGAUCAUGCAUCAAGCCUGAACCCGAUUGAUGUGCCAAGGGCAUGGAUUUGGAAUUUACCAAGACGAACAGUGUACUUUGGGACUUCUGUAUCAACAAUCUUCAGGGGGCUAUCUACUCAGGGGAUUCAAUACUGCUUUUGGAAAGGAUUUGUUUGUGUGAGGGGAUUUGAUCGGAAAACUAGGGCUCCUAGACCUCUGAUGGCUAGGUUACACUUUCCAGCAAGCAAGUUGAUCAAGAUAAAGAAUGAAGCCAAAUAAUUGAGCUAUGAAUCAUAAAACAAAUAUAAAGCUCCAGGUUAACGAAUAGCCUUAGGGAAAACAUUUCAGAGACUAACCAAUUGUUGUACAUUUCAACUGUCAUGACGUAUGUAACUUAGCAGAGAGAAUUUGAUGUAAGAUUGUUAUCAUCAUUAUUUCAUUUCCCAGUUAGCCA